CGAAGAAUGGAGAGAGUGACUCUCUAUUGAUAGUGCUAAAUUGAAUGUAGCCUCAGCUCCAACACGAAAUAGAGCAGGCCGAAGAAGCACUCGGCUCGAGUGAAACGCAGGAGCGAGGAAUUUGUCUGCGAGGAGGUUGUACCACUGAAAUGUCGAGCCCACAGGUGUUGAGCGUCCUUCGAAAGGCGGCUCGUCCGAGCGGCGCCGCUGCCGCAAUCUUCGCUCCGGCCACUUCGGAAAUAUUCUCAGGCCGUGCCGUCGCAUUGCGUGCUGCACGUCAGCCAGCUUCGCGGUCAUUGCACUCUGCCAACAUCCGGCCCGUCGCAGUUAUCUGCCACCCGCAGAAUGGGCCGCGGUCGACUUGCAAGCGGACGUUCGCGUCCACGGCCGCAGCGCGCGACAACGCAUCGAAGCUAGACCGCACGGCGUUGCACGACUUUCACGUCGCUAACGGCGGCAACAUGGUCGCGUUCGGCGGCUACUCGAUGCCGCUUUCCUAUUCCUCUGCUACGCCGCUCGCGUCCCACAAGCACGUUCGUAGUGCCGCAGGACUCUUCGAUGUUGGCCAUAUGGUGCAGCACCACUUCUCUGGGCCAGGUGCCGGCGCCUUUCUCGAGCUCCUGACGCCUAGCUCGCUCCAGAGCGGCCUGCCCGAAUUUGGCAGCACACUGAGCGUGCUUCUGAACGAGCAGGGUGGUAUCCUCGAUGACACGGUCAUCACCAAGCAGAAAGAUGGAAAAUUCUACGUGGUGACGAAUGCGGGUCGCAGACAGGAGGACCUUGCUUGGUUCCGCAAGCAGCUCGAAAAGUGGAAGGCAGCCGGCAAGCCGGAGGUCAAGCACGAGGUGCUCAGCGACCACGGCCUGAUUGCCUUGCAAGGCCCACAAGCAGCUCUGACGCUCAAGAAGCACGUCUCCGGUGUCGAUCUGAGCACCCUCACAUUCGGCCGCUCUGCUUUCGCGACCGUGGCCGGUAUCGAAGGAUGCCACAUUGCCCGUGGAGGCUACACGGGCGAGGACGGCUUUGAGAUUUCCAUCCCUUCGCCCUCAACGACAGUCGCUGUCACGGAAGCCCUCGCCGCGGAUCCAGCCGUCGAGCUGGCGGGCCUGGCUGCGCGCGAUUCGCUCCGCCUCGAAGCUGGCAUGUGCCUUUACGGGCACGACCUCGAUGAAAGCGUCAGCCCAAUCGAGGGAGCGCUGGCUUGGGUCGUCAGCAAGGACAGGCGAGAGAAGGCAGAUUUCUUGGGCGCGGAAAGAGUGCUCAGGGAGCUCAAGGACGGCCCGCAAAGACGCAGGGUUGGAUUCGUGGUCGAAGGGCCCCCAGCGAGGGAGGGGGCGCAGAUCUACGACGAGGCUGGGGCAGAAGUCAUCGGACGCAUCACGUCAGGCAUCCCAUCGCCGACAUUGGGCAAGAACAUUGCCAUGGGCUUGAUCAAGAAUGGACACCAUAAGAAGGAUACCAAGGUUCAGGUAGAAGUGCGGAAGUCGCUGAGACCUGCGCAAGUUGCACGCAUGCCGUUCGUGCCGACCAAGUUCUACAGGGGCACGCAAUGAAAGGCCCAAGGAUAGAGGGUAUCACAUGUAUUUCGAGGACCUUAAAAAGAAAAAUGAAAGGAUA